AUGGUUGGCAAACUUGAGAUUCAAAGCACAAUGAGCGAGCUAUCGUGUGGCGGCUGCCACGAGGACGUCGGCCCUGUGCACGCAUGCUCGAUAUGUUCGGCAUAUAUGCAUCGUUGGCGUGGAAUGCCACAAGGCGACGAAGGGUUUGGCCAGCCUGUUCUGUGUCCAUCCUGCGAGCAGCUCCAGACUGCAGCGGUUAUUGACUAUGCCUCUCCAAUGAUCGCGGCUUUCGAAGGCAGCGACUGCGACAGUGCGUCUAGCCACGAUGCGAAGAGUGACCGCUUAGCCGCUCCAAAGUGUCAAAAGGAGCGCCAAUCUGUAAGUACGAUUCACAACAGACGGCGCGCUGUGCGCUGGAUGGAAUCCAAGUUCGCCGACGGCGCCAAAACACUGUUUGCAACCACUGUGGAUGCUUUUACCGAUGUAUUUAACUCGUCAUCGCGCCAGUCUGAUUUGAGAAAGGCCGUUAGGUGGUGGAAGGCGCGCGAGAUUUUGCUGAGUUCGCCUCGAGGAUCUAUAACGGUGUCAAAAGUGAUGCAGAACGGCCGUCAGCUUAUCAUAUCCAAGGCUCUGAGCGGAUGUGGUAGAAAGUGGAGUCACUGGGUGACGUGGAUGUACCCACGUGUCCGAUCUGAGUUUGUCGACUGCGCAAGGCCGGGCUCCAGUUUGAUUCACCUCUUCUGCGCCAAGUUGCAGUCCAAGUUUUGA